GGGAUUUAGAGGUGGUAGGUUCAGGGUAAAAUAUUAAUUCCCUCAUUUAGAAUUUAAAGUCAAGGGCACAUGUGCCUGAGACCUGAAAUACCAAGUGGGCAGGAGGAACCUCAGCAUUUCCCAUGCCAGCUGCGUGCCUGGGGCUGGGCCUCACAUGCCAUCUUAAUAAUACUCCAGCCCUGGGCAGUAGUGACUGAAAGUUACCUCCAUCGGAGGACUCUUUUUUUUGCCGAGGGUGACAUGAAUUUGGUGGAUCUCAAAUCAUUUCACAGCAUGGAAAGCAACCAUGUCACAACUGGCUUUAAGUGGGUGCCCCAGUCAGUCAAGAGUCCAAACAUCACAGAGUCUGAACUGUUACCUCUGACAGAAUCUCCAGGGGAGCACAGUGGCUGUUGGCAGGGGGCAGAUGAAGCUUUGGAUAGAGUGGGCUGCAUGGAUCUCAAAGUGCUUUCCAAAGGAUGUCAGUAUCAUUUCCCCCAUUUUACAGCUUUCUAAACCUAGUGUAACAUUUCAAUGGCUACCCAGAUGACUGAUGGUCAUCGACGGUUCCUGCAGGUGCUGAUGUCCCAUGGAAUAAUGGAAGGAUCGGUGGCUAGAACAUUACACAGGGACUGCUGUGAAAUCCAUAAAGUCUACUAUGCUCAUGAUAAAUUGGAUGACUUCAUCAAUGUUGUUAACAUCCAUCUACAGCCUUUCUUUAUGCAGAUCCGGAAGGGAAUGUCUGAAGAUGAUGGGAGAACAUAUUACGCAUUGGUGAAUCUGGCAGAAACUGAAAUAUCUAAGAUGGCAUCUGACUAUACAGAAAAUGAGUUAGAAUUGUUCAGAAAAACUAUGGAUGUGAUCAUCAUAUCAGAAAGUGGCUUUGCAUCUUCCACAAAUAUUUUAAACCUGGCUGACCAACUUAAAACAAAGAAAAUGAAGAAAAAGGAAGCAGAGCAAGUGCUGCAAAAUUUGGUGCAGGAGAAGUGGCUCUCUGAACGAGAUGGGGAGUACACGUUGCACACUCGCUGCAUAAUGGAGAUGGAGCAAUACAUCCUCAGCAACUACCAAGACUUGGUGAGGAAAUGUAACAUCUGUCACAGCCUCGCCAUCCAGAGUCAAGUAUGUGAAACCUGUGGAAUUGGAAUGCACUUGCCUUGUGCUGGAAAAUAUUUCAAAGCUCAGACGGAACCACACUGUCCCCACUGCAAUGAGUUUUGGCCACAUGAGAUUCCAGAGAUAAAUCGGCCAGAUUCCCAGUUGCCUUCAAGUGCCCCAAGGGAGAGGAGAAGAACCUCAUCUUCAGGAACAAGGCGGCGUUAGAAAGACCAGCUUCAGUUAGAGCGGCCAUUUUCUUUCACUGUCUUAAAGAUUAUCCCAAUUGCAGUUUACUUCAUCGUUAUUGUAAAAUGUGUCAUUCUGAAAGUAGGAAUGCCUAGGGAACAAAGUCAACUUUCUUUUUAUGGUUUGUUUUUACUUGGCUAAAAUCUUGCUCGAAGUUUGAAAAUAAAACUGUUCUGACCUUG